AUGUGCGGAUGGGCCACGAAGCAGUGCCCCAACUCUAGGUGCCAGAAGCGGUUCGUGCAGGUCCAGGACUGCCCCAGCCCGGGGGAGGCGCCCACCUCGGACUUGUUCCGUUGCGUCAACCUCUCCGCGAGCGGUAGGGUCACAAAGGGGGAGCUGGCCGACUGGUACACGACGAACUUCAGCAUGACGGAGGAGGAGGCGCUGGCCACGAUAGACGCCAAUUGGGAGCGCUGGGACGUGCCAGUGAGGCAUCCAUGGUGGAAGCUGGGGUUUCUUCGCCCGAAGGACCAGGGCGACUUGGACCCGGGCGAGUUCGGGCCGGUCCAGGAGUUCAUGGCGGAGUCCCUGCGGCGGAGCUUGGCGGCGCCCGCGGCGGCGGCGGCCGGGGCCUCCGUGGCGGCCGACCCGCCACGCGGCCAGAAGCGCUCCCCGCAUUCGGGCGCCGAGGAGCUCGCGGAGGGCCUCAGGCGCAGGGUUGCCCAGAAGAAGGAGGCCCAGGCGGAGGAGCUCCAGCGGAUGCUGUUCUGCAAAGCCGACGAGGGCCGGCGCUUCUUCGACACCUUCGACCACGACAGGAGCGGCUCGAUCGAGAGGAAGGAGCUCGAGAGCGCGCUGUUGCAGACCUUCAUGGGGAGCCACCAGAUGGACCACGGCACGGCCGCCUCCAUCGUGGACAGCGUGUGGGACGCAGUCGACUGCGACGGCAGCGGCUCCAUCUCGUUCCAGGAGUUCCAGCUCCUGCGCGACGCCCUGGUGGCGCAGCUGCGCCACGAGAGGGCGGCCAGGGGUGUCCUGAGUCCGAAGGUGGGCCUGCAGGAGCAGGCCCACACCGCGGAGGUGGAGGCACUGCUCGAGCGGGCGCGACAAGGCUCCGCGGUUCGCUGGGAGCACGCGGCGGCCGCCGAGGAGCGGGCCUCCGCGCGGCGGGCCGCGCUCGACGCCGAGGCGGACGGCGAGGCCGCCCGUGCCGAGCAGCGGGAGGCGGCCGCGCAGGAGGCGCUGGGCGCCAGGGAGCUCGAGGUGCGGCAGCGCUGCGAGGCGGAGGUGCAGGCGGCGCGGGGCCGCCUCGCCCAGGUGAGGGAGCUCUGCCGCGAGAGGGUCGACCUCGAGGCAGCCCGCAAGGCCAGGGCCGAGGAGGUGGCCCGGGAGAGGCUGGGCAUGGCCUCCGCGCGGCUGACUGUGGACGAGACCUGCGCGCAGCAGGUCCUCGCCGGCCUGCGCCAGGACUGCGAGGGCCUGGUGUCGCGGGCGCAGGCGCGGGAGGAGGUCCGCUCGAGCGCCGUGGAAGUGGGCACCGCUCGCCUCUGGGAGGCGGCCGCUGCGAAGGGCUGUGCGGCGCAGCAGCGGGACGCCAUCUCCAAGGCCAGCCUGCAGAGCAGCGUCUUCGUCCUCGGGGGCCACCACGCGACCACCAGGGAGUACACGCCCGUCGUGGACGAGAGGAUCAGUGGCAUCCUGCAGGGGCGUCUGCAUGGCGGGGGCUCCAAGCCAGCCCCACGGUCCUGGCAGCCCUCGCCGCGAUCACUUCCGCCGCCGGACCCGAUGGCCCGUUGGUGAGGGCUCCGCGCGCGCGCGUGGCGUGGGGUAGGGUGGCGGAGGAACGGAGAGCCUGGAGGCAGCGCCGCCUGGGCCGAGCCCCGCCUGCGGGCGUCGAGCGCUCCGCGCCAGCUGGCGCGUCCGGCGGCUGUCCUCAUCCUGCCUCCGCCCGUGCGCUACACCGCCGAGGGGGUGCCCUCCUCACUCCUCUCUCCCGGUGGUUGCCCCUAUCGCCUAUCGUUGCCUCCCUCGGUCUCCCCCUCCUCUCUCCUCUCCCGAGCCCGCCCCCGCGCCCAGCCUGUGUUCCGCGGUCGGUCUCAAGACGAGACGGGCCGCGGGGGUUGGCGCAGCAGAACAAAAA